AUGGACCACCUCGGUCCACUGCGUCAGUUGCCAGUCUCCUCGUUGCGGCUGUUGCGACUCCAACUUUCAACUCCAUCGACCGACCCGACGGACGCCAUCGCCGACGACAGCAACCCCGGAGGAGCUCGCUCUGCGCAAUCGCAAUCAAUUGACUCCACUAUCCGCGAGUCAGGACAACCAACACCAACAUCCAUGUCUACCAUCACUAGAACGAUUCGCAACCUGCGCAAGGUUGGCUUGAAGGAUGCCUGGCACCAAAUGAACUAUAUCGGCGACACCAAAGCCGGCACCCUUGUAGGCGUCGACAAGUUCGGCAACAAGUUCUUCGAGAACCAGGAAGAACUCCCGCUGCGCACGCGCUGGGUUGACUUCGCCAAGCACGAUUACGACCCCUCGCACAUCGAGCCGCUCUGGCACGCCUGGAUCUCGUACGCCAUCGACACGGUGCCCACGCAGGAUCCCAUUGCGACCCAGGCGCCCAAGAGACCCUGGGCGCCCGAGGUGCAUCACCCCAACUACACGACACUGCCGGGAGCUUUCAAGACUUUCAACACUGUCAAGCCCAAGAUUCAGUCGUGGGAGCCUGUUGCUGCUCCUAGACACUGA